AUGGACAAAGGAGACGGACACACUAAAUACAUGUUGGAGGGAGAGGGGGUGGGCUCUGUGUUUGUGAUCGACGGCAACACUGGCAACAUACAUGUCACCAAGUCUCUGGACAGGGAAGAGAAGGACCAGUACCGUCUCAUCGCGACAGCCACGGACCGUGAGUCCGGCCGAGCACUGGAGCCUUCCUCUGAGUUCAUCAUCAGAGUGCAGGACAUCAACGACAACCCGCCCGUCUUCCCAAAUGAGCCUUACGUUGCCAUGGUGCCAGAGAUGGCCAACAUAGGCACGUCUAUCAUCCAAGUCACAGCCAGGGAUGCGGAUGAUCCAACAUAUGGAAACAGCGCCCGGCUGGUGUACGCCAUAACUCAGGGCCAGGACUUUUUCUCUGUGGACCCUCAGACAGGCGUCCUUCGGACUGCCAUACCUGACAUGGACAGAGAGACUCAGGAUGAAUAUCUGGUCGUCCUCCAGGCCAAAGACAUGGGGGGGCAUCUGGGCGGACUAUCAGGGACUACAACCGUCACAGUGAGGCUGAGCGAUGUCAACGACAACCCCCCUCACUUCAGAAGGAGUGCGUGGUCGUUCUCUGUGUCGGAGCUAGCAGCUCCAGGUGUGGAGGUGGGCCGUCUCACCGCGACCGAUCCCGAUCUGGGGGAAAAUGCACAGCUGGAGUUUACCGUCCUGGAUGCCGAUGAGGCUGAGAUAUUCAACGUAACCGGGAGAGACAAAGAGGCAGUCAUUGUGCUGAACAAGCUCCUGGACUAUGAAAUCCGCAGCUCUUACACUUUCUCCGUGGAAGUUGCAAACCCUAUAGUGGACGCCCGGUACAUAAGGAAAGGUCCCUUUAAGGACCAGGCAACAGUCCGGGUCAUGGUCCUUAAUGCUGAUGAGCCGCCACAAUUCUCCCAUGCUCUGUACCAUCUGGAUGUGUCUGAGAACUGCCCCCCCGUCUGCUCUGUUGGUCGGGUCUACGCCGUGGACCCAGACACAGGACAAAGCAGCAACAUCAGGUACUCCAUCGAUCCCCAGUCAGACCCUGAGGCUCUGUUCCGCAUCGGCUCUGACACGGGCUUUAUCAGCACAGUGAUGGAGUUGGACCGUGAGCAGGAGCAGUGGCAUAAUAUCACUGUCAUCGCCACACAGAGGGACAAUCCAAAUCUUGUGUCAAGGGUUGUGGUUGCCAUAGAGACACUAGACCAGAAUGACAAUGCGCCAGAGUUGGACAGGCAAUACACAACAUCAGUAUGUGACUCCAGUGCCCCCGGUCAGGUAGUUCAGGUUCUACGAGCCAUCGACAAGGACCAAGGAGGGCAGGACGCCCCGGUCCACUUCAGCAUCCCGCCUGAGUCCAGCUCUGCCGUUAACCUCACCAUCAGGGAAACCGGAGGUGUGACAGCCAGCCUGGUGCUCCAGUCAGCCUUGGAGCCUCUCCCUGGCUUCUCUUCAUCUUUACUCACCCUCUAUGUGCCAGUUGUGCUGCGCGACGGGGCCUCAGGUCUGACCAACACUGGCACAGUCACUGUGACCAUUUGUCCCUGUCUGCGGGGGGGAAUGCAGACGGAGGACAGGGGCCGACAGAGGGACAGGAGAUGGGAGAGGCACAUGGUUUGUCUGCCCGUUCCGUCCGCCUCUCCAUCCCUCAUAUUCAGUUUGGUCACCUUGCUGGCCAUGCUGGCCUGUGUCACCACUCUGCUGGUGGUGUGUGCACUCUCACUGUCACUGCGCCAUCAGAAACGAGACUCCCACUCACCCUUUGAGGAGGAUGAUGUCAGGGAGAACAUCAUAUCCUAUGAUGACGAGGGGGGAGGGGAGGCCGACACCGCAGCUUUUGACAUUACAGCGCUGCAGAGCAUGCACAGAAUACAGCACAUGCAUAACAACAGAAACAUAUGGUACACCCAGCAGAAUCCGCCAAGGGCCAGGACGUACAGCUGGAGUCGUCACACGCGCCCCGGCCUAGACCCUCAGCAGCGCCCAGGCUCUGCUCCGCUCUACGGACGCCUUUGCUAUGGCAUCCACACACUGCCUGUUCUCAGAGAUUAUCCAGGCGGGCCACUCGAGGCAGGGCUGCAGCUAACCCAGCUGACCCACGGGCUCGCCGGAGGUCACUUCGGCAAUUCCCUCGUCAUCCAGAACCAAAGCACCUUUGAGCCUCUUCUGCGCUCCCCUGAGAUGAGCCCUGGAAGUUUCGAAUCAGAACACAUGCUGGCGAAGAGCAAAUCUGCAGACAGAUCUGAGGGAAGUGAAACAAACGCAGCUGGCACCAAAGAGAAUGAAGACCAGGCCAAGAUAAACCCCACAGAAACGGAGUCGACACCAGCCGACAUCGCCGCGGAUCUGACCUACUCCGACCCCAAUGAGUCUUCAUGCCAAAGUCGCACCAGCUUCUCAUCAAACCAGCAAGAGGGCCGACCGGGGUCAUCCCAGACUCAGAUCAGCACUGGAGCCACCAGCUGCACGGUGGAUGACAUUGAUACUGAUUCCUCCAUUCCCUCCGUUUCAGAGCGAAAUUAUUCAAAUGGCAGUCAGACGAGCUGCGGAAACCCUCCCGUUUACCUGAAAGGAGACACGUACAGCAUUGUGGGCUCGCUGAAUCCGAACAGCAGAGGGACGUGUAUGAACGGGACUAGCGGCGGCGGGUUGUACCCAACGGGGCUGCAGCUACUGAACAUGUGCAGACUCCAGAGAAAGGAUUUGACCUCGCCGUCUUUGCCCUUACCUGGGGGGAUGUUCAGCAAUGGCAGAGGCUGGGCGUGCGGGGCGGAGCCUGGGAGAACAGAAGCAGCCGCCCCGCAGCCUCUCCGGAUGGAAGAGCUCCUGAACAUCCGUCUGGAUCAGGUCACCUUUGACCUCUCUCAGCCGCCCUACGACUCGCUGCAGACUUAUGAGUUUGAGGGCCGCGAUUCGAGGGCCGAGUCACUGAGCUCGCUGGAGAGCGACGGGGAGAAGGACGACAUGAGAGUGGUGGGAGGGAUGGAGGAGUUAAACCAGAAGUUUCAGAGGCUCGUAGAGAUCAUCCGAGACCGGGAGAAGGAGAAGGAAGGAGGAGGUGGUGGUGGUGGUGGUGGUGGUGGAGGAGAAGCGACUGAGGGAGGCGUAACGGCAGAGGCUACUCUCAGUGAGACUCAUAAACAAAGUGAGGACAAAGAGAAAGAACAGCAGAGAUGGGAUUUCUAG